AUGUUUAAGAAGCUUACCAAGUUCCUGGCACUCCUGGCAGCGGUCCAUCAGGCCGCUGCGCAGGAGGAGGGUCUCAAAGCUGAUGCUGAGUCAGCUCUGGAGACGGCGCCGGAAGUCGAAGCGACGCCAGUCAUUCCACCCACGGUGCCAGUUUCCCCUCCAAAAGCUGCAAAAGUGUCACCGCCGCCGGCCCCUCCUGUCCAGCCGGUUGUGAGCGCAGCCCGCCGAUUGGAAGAGGAAAGGGCGGUGGCAAAAGAGCAGCUCAACCGCGACUUCUUGGAUGCCUGCCGCAAGUUCGACAAGGACACAGUUGAAGCGCUGCUUCGGCAAGGCCGGGCCAAAAAGUAG